AUGCCCACUUCGUCGACCGACGAUCCAAGUUGCACCGCCACUGUCAUUCGUAUGGUCAAACCAGUUAAUGACAAUCAUCGGAGGAUCUUCGCGAUCAUAUUAACAGAACUACUCUUCGGAUUGGGUAUCUGGUCUCGGAGUUUGGCAAAUGAUGUUCCUUGCAUACCGUGUUCAUCUGGAACCCUGGAGAAGGCGGGUUUUGGGAAAACAGAGGUGAUUGUUUCAGAAACAGGGUGGGCUUCUAAAGGUGGUGCGAAUGAAGUUGGGGAGAAUGCUAGGACUUAUAAUAAAAAUCUACGAAAGAGAUUGUUGAAGAAGAAGGGUACUACUUAUAGGCCGAAGAGAACUGUGAAGGGAUAUGUUUUCUCAUUGUUUAAUGAGAAUCUGAAACCGGGUCCUACUUCUGAGAGGAAUUUCGGAUUGUUUAAGGCUGAUGGAAGUAUUGCUUAUGAUAUUGGGUUUAGGGGUCUUGUACCCUCUUCGGGUUCAUCAUUUAAGAUUAAGAAUUUCAGGUUUGACGGUUGGACAAACAUGGCGGCAUGGGCUAUGGCCACUCUGUUUCUCAUUCAUUUCAGUUAGAAUCAAUAAUACAUUGUAAUUUUUAUUUGUUCAUUUUAAAUAAAGCUCUCAAACUCAUU